AAAUGUCUGACAGCGACGACGAGCCCAUCACACUCUCCUCCCACGCCCUCGAGGCCCUCCGAGCCUUCGAAGCAGAGCGAGAAGAGCACCAGGCCAAGUUCCAGAAGCUCCAGGCCGAGGCGGAGAGCGACAACGCCCUGCUGUCCAUCGACACCUUUGCCGAGGACUGGAACGAGUCUCAAUUCUGGUAUUCAGAUGAGACGGCAAACACCCUCGCAACGGAGCUGCUCAGAGACGCGACAAGUGACAUGACCAUCGGCGUCGUCUCAGCGCCGAGUGUCUUUGUCGCCCUCAAGAACAUACUGCGGAGUAAAAGCGAUGACGAGAGGCCAAAGCUGGUCCUGUUGGAGCACGACAACCGGUUUGGCGUGUUCCCGGAGUUUUCCUUUUAUGACUUUCAACAGCCAGUUAAAUUGCCAGGCCACCUGAAAGGGUCCAUCGACAGAAUCAUCUGUGAUCCGCCAUUUCUGAGCGAAGAUUGCCAGACCAAAGCUGCCUUGACUGUUCGCUGGCUCCUCAAACCAAGCGGUGCCGGACCGCCACCUCGUCUCAUUGUCUGCACUGGAGAAAGAAUGGAGACUUUGAUCCUCAAGUUAUACCGGGCUCUGGGUAUCCAGACGACUGCUUUUGAGCCCAAGCAUACACGAGGCCUGAGCAACGAGUUCUACUGCUAUGCCAAUUUUGAGUGUCCCAGCUGGAAGUGGCGGUAA